CAAACUUUCGCCCGGGCUACCACGACUGGUUUCUGGAAACGAAGUGGAACUUUUUUCUCGCGUCCACCUUACGAGGAUUAUUCCAGCUCGAGUGCUCGUGAACUUUGUGGAACGCUCUUUCUGACUCUCUUUUGCCAUGAAAAAUGUGAUUUUACGACGUGACAAAACUUUGCCGGAAUCUUUUUGCGGCAACGCGAGCUGAGACAAUCAACAAGUUGACGGUGGUCUUCGUGCUGAACUUCCCUGUGAAUUUUCUUUUUCUCGUUUGGGACAUAAAUUUCGCUCGUCUUAACGAAGAAGUACGGCGCUGCUGGCAACGUUGAUAACGUCCUAAAAACCUGUAAAGGUUUGUGUGGCGACGAGUUAGGGGUGCAUAAAUUGGAAGAGUAAAUCUGAACGUGACUUUGAUUGACCACAGAACGUGUGGAGCUAGAGUUACAGAUGGUGACCGGUGUCAGCUUCCGUUUCUAAUCAGUGAAACCCUGGCCUGGCGCAGCACAAUUCUCCUUCGCAAGGCCUUCGUGCGACUAUGUUUACCGUUACAAGAGGAGUAACUACGCUGUGCAACAAGCAUACGAGCACCCAUCACAUAACGAUCUGCAAACGCUUCCAAACAGAAGAGAUGUGCACGCCCUAUUCAGUGUCUUCGGCCAAGUACCUUAGAGCCUAAGGGGCAGAAAGGGAAGGACACACGUCUACAGAAGCUAGUGCUGAGGCCGUACUGCGUCCCAGUGUACAUGUGUAUCUUCUUUGUACGGAAAUGCUGACAGCCAGAAGCAAAACGUUUAAGUGAAAGACUCUCUGAGGGACCAGGCUUUCACUAGAGCCUGACAUGAUCAACAAAGCAGCCAUGUUUGAGAUUGCAGUGACGUCAUCCCACGGCGACUGUGGACAACAGCCGGCAAACAGCAGUGCUUCAAACGUCCUGGACUGCAGUUUCAGGCCUUUCCAAAGCACCAGGAACUUCACCUUCAAUAACCAGACGGACCUACCGUCAGGGUUCGUCUUCUUCGAGCACCCCGAAGAUAUGUUGGUGCCAUGGGUGAACAACCCGCACUUUCCUUACAUCGUUGUCACAUACUUGAUCACCUUCUUGGUAGGAGUAAGCGGUAACGCCGCGGUGGUGUCAGUCAUGGCUGGUGACCGUGCUUCGCGGAAUGUCACCAGUGUGUUCCUGGUCAGUUUGGCCGUCUCGGACCUGCUCCUCUUGCUGGUCUGCGCUCCUCUGGACGUAGCGCACUACUUCGUCAUCACGUGGGAUUCGGGUGUCACCAUUUGCAAGAUGGCGGCCUACGUGGAGACCAUCUCUGCGUUUGCGUCUGUGCUCAAUAUGGUUGCUGUGACGCUAGAACGAUUCGUCGUCAUCGUGUUUCCAAUUCACUCCCGAUCCGUGUGCACGAUGAGCAACUGCAAGCGUCUUAUGGUGUGCGUUUGGGUUGUGUCCUUCGUCGUCGCCAUUCCUAUCAUAUUCGUAAAGGAAACGAUGACAGCUACGUUCACCAACUACGUUCUGAACGUGACGACAUUCACGUGCAGAGAAGCCAACGACUGGAGAGGCCAGAGCGUCGCCUGGUAUCGUCUGGUGCUUCUUUUCGCGUUACCCCUCAUCAUCAUGGUCGUCUGCUACUCCUGGGUCAUCGUCGAACUCUGGAUCAGCACCAAAACCAUGGACCAGCUCACGCAUUCCGCUAAAUUUAGCUACCAGUGUCAUCCGGGUCCCGGUGGAGAAUCUCGCGUGCGUGUGAGUCUUCAGCCUCAGAGCCAUCCAAACUGUCGACUCAUCCUCAGGGGUCACGCGAAUAGCUCCGACAUUCGAGACGUGAAAAAGGCUCGCCAACAGGUGAUCAAGAUGCUGAUUCUAGUGGUCCUUCUGUUCCUACUCUGCUGGGGUCCGCGUCUCAUCAUGGAGAUUGCCUUCAAGUGUUGUCUCACAAUCUUCGACAACGGCGUGUACACCGUCCGAUUCCUCUUCUAUCUCAUGCCCUUCGUGCACAGCUGUCUCAACCCCAUCGUCUACUGCUUCAUGUCCACGAAGUUCAGAAAACGCAUGCUCCGGUGCAUCGAGCGCUCCUGUCCCGUACUCUGCUACCGCGCGCGCGGAGUCCGCCCUGGGACCUCACGGGUCCCCGCAGCACACUCGAGGUCUUCAUCUCGCAACGGCACCACACGUCUGGGGUCGACCUACACGUUUACGUCGUGCGCGACGUCUAACGUGGUUGUAGAUGACCUGUCAUUGUGACGGUCGUCGCCGUGCUUAUAGCGCGCAGGUGUCGCGCAGUCACGAUAACAAGAAGAGGAAGAGAAAAGAAAAAAAACGCUGGUGCUUAGGGUGCUUGAAAGGACCUAGCGUUUCGAGGGAAUACUGCAGCAAGGAUGGACACCGUCAGAACCUUGAGUGCGCAGCAUGACGGCAGAAAGCUCGGCAUUGGCAAUAGAGGUUUGGAGCAGCGCCACCUAGAUAAACAAAGUCUGACCGCAUAAAUGACGUGACGUAGUCAUUCAGUAUCCGCCAAUCGCGACUUGCUUUCAGUGGCCGUGGAUAUGGCGACGAGCUGUCAUCAGCCACUGGUAGCCAAAGGAAGCCUGUGUGUGAAAUCGUCUGCGGCGAUUUGGUGAAGCAGACGACACCUCUACUUCUAUAUCUAGGUGGCGUUGGUUGGGGACGAUUGUCAACGCCACCUACAGGGCUAGUCUAGCGAACGUUUCACAUUUCGAUCGCAUUGUAAGAAUAGAAGGCGAGGUUAAACCCGCCCCAAGCUUUGGAGACUGAUGCCGUUUGUCUGAAGUUUUAUUGGGACUCUUUGCAAGUGUUAUGGUCGCUUUGAGAGAAGACAAAAAAUCACACAAUAUCUCACAUCAUGCAUUUUCAAUUACCUAUCUCACACAAGCACCGCUAUUUUUUCUUCACAUUCACAUCACUACACACAGGUGCCGCUGCCUACAACAAUGCGACGUGCUGACGUCAUGCGUUAAUCCUCUUUGUUCUGUAUGUUGGCGGCACCUGUGUGUGGUGAAAUGAAAGUGAAGCGCACACAGGAAAAAAAUGACGGCUUGUGAGAUGGGUAACAGAAAAUUGUGCGAUUUUGCUUGGUUUUUUAAUCUUUUUCUACAGGACCACGAUGCUCGCGAAA